GAGAUCCAGUCAUCUAUACAUUACCUCGGCGUCCUUUUGUUGACGUUUGGUGUUGGCGCUUGGAGACACCUGUUGGAGGGUGGCAGCAGGUGUGUGGCAGGUGUGGCAGACAGGUGUGGACUAGUAUGUAAGGGACCAUUCUGCCAGUGAGUGAGAGGAUGGGAAAAGAGAAGGCGAGUGAAAAGAGACAGUGAAGGAUGCUGGUACCUCCUUGAUUGAUUAAAGAGAAAGAGAGCAAGUGAGGUCAGUACAGAAGAGAAAACCAAUAAAUCCAAAUGUGAAAGCAAGAACGAAGGAAAAAAAAAACACAGGCAGCUAAUGUAAAUACUCAAGAGGAAGGAAGACGGAUAGACAAAAGAGGAACCCAAAUAAACCCAGAUGCAUAAGUGAAAAAAGAGAGAGAAAAAGGCAGUAAAGGAGAGAAAGGGGGUGACUCGAAGAUGCCACGGUAGGAAGAGACGCCCCAGCCCACCUUCUGCCCUCCUGUGUCCCUCCCAGCACCGGCAGUAGGGGGAGAGGGAGCACCAUGCCCUCCCUCCUGGCCUGCUUCGGGUGUGGGGGCCGAAGGGAGAGCGAUGACAUCACCACUCUGGACUAUUGCCAUGCCUCCCUCACUGAUGUACCCUCCGAUGUGUUUGCCUGUGAGCGCACCCUGGAGGAACUGUACCUUGAUUCUAACCAGCUGAGGGAGUUGCCGCGCCAGCUGUUCUACUGCCAUGGCCUGCGGGUGCUGGGCCUGAGUGACAAUGAGCUGACAGCACUGCCUCCCGCCGUGGCCUCCCUGAUCAACCUCACCAACAUUGACCUCAGCAAGAAUGCCAUCUCGGACAUCCCGGAUAACAUCAAGGGUUGUCGUCACUUGUUGGUGGUGGACGCCAGCAUCAACCCUCUGUGUCGCCUGCCGGAGGGCUUCACUCAGCUACCCAACCUGCAAGAGCUGUACCUUAAUGACACCUUCCUUGAGUAUCUGCCAGCAAGCUUUGGUCGACUGUCACGGCUGAGAAUCCUGGAGCUGAGAGAGAACCAGCUGAACACUCUGCCCAAGACCAUCGUGCGUCUCACCAACCUUCAGCGGCUCGACAUUGGGCAGAAUGACUUCUCUGAGCUGCCUGAGGUGAUAGGCAGCCUGGCCAACCUGACAGAGCUCUGGUUUGACAACAACAAGGUGAAGUCACUCCCUCCACUGCUGGGUCGUCUGAAGAAGCUAGUUCACGUUGAUGCCUCCAAGAACAAGGUGGACUGGGUGGCUGGGGAUAUAGAGAGUUGUACAUCCCUUACUGACCUCCACCUCUCCUCCAACCAUCUCAAGGAGCUGCCGGAAAAACUGGGUGGGUGUAAGCAGCUGCAGGUCCUCAAAUUGGAUGACAAUGCACUAACACACCUGCCAGAGUCCAUUGGGGGCCUGGCGGAGCUGCAGGAGUUGGUGGUGACGCAGAAUGACCUGGAGACCCUGCCUGCCUCAAUGGGUCUCCUGCGUGCCCUCCACACUCUCCACUUGGAUGAUAACUUACUCACUGAGUUACCACCUGAGCUUGGGUCUUGCUCCAACCUGACAGUGCUGACAGCCGCCUCCAACCGCCUGACAGGUGUGCCUGCUGAGCUGGGCCACCUGCCUCACCUGGCCGUACUUAAUCUGUGUGACAACCUCAUCCCUCACCUCCCCGUCUCUCUUACCAAACUCAAGCUGCGAGCAUUGUGGCUGUCAGAGAACCAGAACAAGCCUCAAGUGCAGCUGCAGUCUGAGACAUUGCCAGAGACAGGCCAGAGGGUGCUCACCUGCUUCAUGUUGCCUCAGCAGCCCAGGUGUCACCAGCCAGAAACAGUGGUGGAGCCCGACACUUUCCCUGGCCAGGGUUGGGAUGAGCAGCGCAGGGCCAAGACACUCAUCAAGUUUGCUUUCGAUGGGGAUGUGGACAAGCCUGGACGCCUCACCCGUGCUCCCACACCCUACCCCAAGGAGCUCAAGGCCCUGGCCAAGCAUGCCCGCAACCUACACAGCCUGCAGAAGGACUCAACAACAGGACGGCAGUUUGUGGUGGGCAAGAGCCAGGAGUCAGCCAAGAGCCCCACAGCUUCCUCGGCCUCUGUUGUCCAGCCCACUAAGGAAGAGGUGUCGGAAACAGAUCUGUCAAGGAAGCCCAUCUCCACUGAUCCACCUCACCACAACCUCAACCAGACAAAGGAGAGAAGAAAGGAGGAGGAGGAGGAAGAGGAGGAAGAAGAAGGCCCUGCUCCUCCUCUAGCCGUCAUGGAACUGCCUGCUGAGGAACGACCACUUCUGCGUGAGGCAAGAAAUGUGCGGAACUCUCACCUUGCAGCUCAGAAUACCUCCCUGUCUGCAGCACCUGAUGGAGGGGAGGGAAUGGGUGUCAAGCUAGUCAACGGCACCAGCAGGAAGCCACAACAGGAGCAGCCAUAUGCCAUUGGGGAUAGGAAGGUGUUUGGCGUGGCUCAGGUUGUAACGACGGUACCAGCGCAGGACAAGGUGGCGAGUGGUGAGGCAGGGCGAGGGGGGACAGACGAGGUCCCACCUGGAGUGCCAUCAUACCCCCUCCUCCACCCCCACACAGGAGGCCCCAGCACCUGCCAUCAUGACCUUACAGCAGACUCCCAGGACAAGCGCAUCAAGAAGCCCCCUCCUUAUCACAUAGCAGCAGUGAUGUCUCGGCACGCUGCAGAGUUUGUGGAGCCAGGCAUGGAGGCACCUGUCAGCCGGCCACUACAGGCCAGCACCACCACAACUGCCACGACAACCAUCACCACCACCACCACACUAGCAGCAGCAGCAGCAGCAGUAGGGGUGGUGGAGGAUGAGAAUAACGACACUAGCAGCUCCAGUGACAGUGGCUACGGUAAUGGCAAGGCCUCCACCCAGCAGACAGGUGAGGACCCAGUGUGCAGCGACAGGAGCAGCCUUACCACACCAUCCUCCCCUCACAAUCUCACCGACUCUAACUUCUCCAUGCCCUCCACCCCAUCAUCCCCACCUGGCUCUAUCAACCUAGCCUCUCCACAGUCCACAUCCAGAUCCUUCAUGGCCUCCUUAUCUGCCACCUCACCACACAGACCCUCCUCACUCUCCGUUCCUCCCCCAUCCACAUCUAUAGCCUCAACUCUGUACUCUCCCUCCACCACUGUCACAUCCCAGAAACCCUUCCCCAUGAAGCCUCUUGAUGCACAGUACUCCGGCCUCACCAAGACGGCAUCUAGACCGGCUUCUAUCGCCACUGGGGCACAGCUGGAGCCCUGCACAGGUGGCCCUGCCCAGCGCCCUGGCUCCUUGGCACUGGGGGCACUGGCAGACUCAGCUCUCCUCAACCGGCUGCCACAUGACCAAAGACCGGGUUCACUAGCAGCUCCCAUCAACACACUGGGGAUUCCACCACCUCCAGCACGUGCAGUCUCCCACAUGGGUCUUAACACAGUGGGCCCCCCCAGACCGGUGGACCAUAGCAUCUUCCGAAGUCAGGAUUUGGGACGGACCACCAAUGGGGGAUGGGACCACCGGGCCAACCAGCGCCAGGAGAGUAAUGGCCUCGUCUCCAUCAUUGACCAGGUGACCAGUAGCUUGCUAGAGCACGGGGACAGUCCACCUCCCAAGACCCUGCCCAGCGAUAUGGCCAGCCCUGGCACACCCAUCAUGACCAACUCAUCCUCCUACUCACAACCAGGACUAGGAGGCAAGAACCAGCCUGAAGUGACAGUGCCGGUCAACUCCAGCACCUCCCACACUUACCAGACCACCAGCAGCACCUACACCGCCACCAGCCGCUCUGUUGGUCCCACAAACUUCACCCAGGACCAGCAGGGAGAGGUGCUUCACCCCACCCCUCAUCGCCCCAGCCUCCUUUCUCCCUCGGGCUCCCGGCCGUCCCAUGACACCCUGCAGGAGUCCCCAUCAGCACACAAGGGUCACAGCGAUGGCACGGGCCCACAUCCACAGGGAGGUCACAUCACUAAUGACCUGGUGAAUAACAUUAACCACCCAGAAACCUCAGUGACGUCCCAGAAGCCCACCUCAAAGCUUCCAUCAAGGAUCCCUGCACUGGGGAUGAAGGCCCCACACAGAGACCCCCUCUCCCCUAGUCAGCCCCACAUGCCCCACACAGACUCCAGGAUCCCCACCACCCCUCAGGAUGCCGUGCGCCACAACUCAGGCAGCCCUGAAUCACAGCUACCCACCACUUCUCGCCUGCAGACCCCCGGCAACAUAGCAAGGAGCCCAGCCAUCCAAGAGCCAAAAUUGACCCCAGACACCAAGAUCCCCUCCAUGACAUCCCCCACCAGUCCCCACGACAAGCCAGCACCUGUAGAGUCCAGAAUACCCACCCUGGGGAACAUUGGCCGCAGCCCCAGUGGCCUGCCCAAAGAGAUGCAGUCACCCCACGACUCACACAGGAUGGACCACCACUCAGCUAAUGAACAACACAAUGAGUCAAGGAUUCCAAUGAUGAGUCCAUCUGGCCACACCCCCGAGCCGCACCACAGCAAGAUAGGGCGGCCCAGUCCCAGCGAGGCAGGCCGGUAUGGCAGCCAGGCCAGACCUCUCACUUCAGGACAGGCAGGUGGAGGGGCGUCGGGCAUCCCCACCCUUGCCUCACAGGGGAGGAGCAACAGUGGUCUGGGCUCUAAUCUCCCCAGCCCUGGAGGUUUGGUAGGGAAACUCAACACCAGCAACAGCUCCUAUGGACACCCCAAGACUCCCACCGGUGGAGGAGAGGCAGGGCCACCACAUCACUCAAAAAUCCAGUCCCCUGUCUACUCAAGUGGCAUCCGUCCACCAUCCAUCCACUCACCUAGUCAGCAACAACAACAGCAGCAGCAGCAGCAGCAGCAGCCACACACCCCCAGGGGAUACUCAUCUGGCAUCCGCCCACCCACCAUCAAUGCAGCUAUCAACACCCCAGGCAUCCCCAUCCCCUCACCCCUGGGGACACCUGGCUCCCGCAGCUCUGUCACCUCCACUGGGUCGGCCUCACGCAUCCCCUAUGCUGCUGGUGAGAAUCAGGGGCAGGUUUGGCUCAUUUCCCAGGGGUCAGAUCCCGCCCCAGGCACCAACAAGCACCGCAUGUCCCCCUCCUUCGGCCAGUCUCCAGACGCUGCCAAGGCCAACCACUCGGCCUGGAUGUUUGGCCAGCACAAGAAUGCCCGAGUGGUAUGUCAGAAUUUCCCGGUAGUGAUCGAGAAGAACCCUGAUUUGGGAUUCACCGUUGGACAGUCCCAUUCCGACCCAGACGACAAGAGCAUCUACGUGACCAGUGUGGUGGGUGGCGGGGCUGCCUCCUCGGCCCUCAAGGUGGGGGAUAAGUUGCUACAAGUGGAUGGGGUGGACUUGCGCACUGCUGAUCUGCCUACGGCCACGUCCAUCCUGAACAAGACCCUCAGUACUGUCAGUCUCAUGGUGUCUCGCGUGCAGUGAGAACCAGAGACUGACCAACUCAAUACUUAAAGAAAUACAAUACUUAAAGAAAUACAGACAGAAAUACAGGUAGAACUACAUAGACAAGAAACAAAAUCAGGUUUACUCACUAACCAACUCAACACUUAUUCUCUUUAAGAACUGCAGAUAAAAAUACAGGUAGAGCUACACAGACAAGAAACUCUUCAAAGAUCAGACCUGUCAAACAUAUGAUCAUGAUUCCAAGAUUGACAUAGUAUUCUAUUAUAUUCACUCCACUAUAUAUUUUUGUUUCAGUUUGAACAACUCUUGCCCAGAGUUUAACACAAGGGAACUUUCCUAUGUUGGGCAUUGCAGUUUAUACAGUUCAUACAUUCCUUGUGGUUGAAAUGAGGUUGUAUUUCAUUAGAACUAUAGGAGAAUCUUAGUUAGUUUUGAAAGUAAUUCCAUAAACAUUCCAAAAGUAUCAUUUCCAUUCCCACAUUACUUAGAGAAGCAUCACACACAAAACAGUUGCAACAGUCAGCACAAAGCAUCUCAGUGUUCGUGUAGUGAGUAGAGCAACACAGCACACAAUAUCUAUAGCUCUGGCUCCUCUGAGCAUUAGAGGAUUGCCAGAUUAGGAGAAACACUCACUAUAAUAAUCUAAGACAAGCUAUUUAUGGAGAAAUUGCAAUGAUGAUGCACAAUGUGUCAAUUUCUCAUGCCUCAGAAUUGUGCCUUGAGAUGACAGUGUGAUCUGUGACUCGUUUUUUUGCAGCCAUUCCAUUUUUAUGCAGCUUUGGGCAGGAGUGUCUUGCUGCUGGACAGUGCCACACAAGUACAUGCACAUGCCAGGCCUUUCACUGCUGGGCGUGGAGCAGGUGCCAUAGGAGGACGUGGUGUCAUGUUUUGUACAUAUAACCUACUCUCCGUGGUUGUAUUUUACUACACUUUUACUACACAGAUAGCAUAGUGUUUUUUGAAUAACUUUUCACGUGUUUACUGGGGAACACUGCUUAUUCUUUGUUCCCUCUGGUACCACUUUGAAUCACAACAAAUGCCUUUUAUUCCAUUGCAUUUUAGCACUGUGGUCAGGAAAGGAAGUAAAGAAGCUGGUGUUGGUGUGAAGUUUAAUUUUGGUGCCCAGGGCCACAUCCACUUAGCCAAGCUUUGUGAUAGUUGUCUUUCCUUUCAACCAGUCUGUGAAAGAACUUGAAUGAUGAAAAAGAAUUAAUUGCAAUGGUGGUACUGAUGUGAAAUAUAGCUUUGGCCAGUGGAGAACCUUAGAAAGUUAAGGUUUCUAUUAACUGUUGCCUUCCUCUCAAGCAGUCAGUGAAGGGAUUUGAAAUAGGUUGACAUGUGCGAGAAAUAGUUCACAGUGGGGCUUGUGUAGUUGUUGUUUCUUACAUUCCAACGAAAGGUUCUAGAGGUUCUGUGGAAGGUGGUGAGUGAGUGAGUUUCCUUCACUUACCAUCUCGUAACCCAGGUGCCAUUGCCAUGUAAAGGUGCAAGUGUUUUGGUGGUUGCACUUGAGUGAUUGUUGGUUGAGAUUACAGGUUGAUAUCCUGCAUAUGCAUAUAUACACAUACACACACAUACAUAUCUGACUGAUGUGCCUUUUUACUGAAACGUCGAAGUACAAAUUGUCUGGCACAAGUUUUUACCUGUCAUGCUCCAAAAGUGUGCUGCUGUUGUGGUUUUGGGAACCUUUGAUGUGUUAGAUUCAUUGUUGUUUGAAGGUGAAACCAAAGUAUUGCAAAGGAGACAGCUAUGUAUGUGUAUAGACCUAACUCUUAGUAGGUAUUGUAAUCGGUAUUUUGCACCUUGUAAUUUUAAAUGAAUUUGGUACAGUACGAAAUAAUCUUAAAUUGGCAGUCUAAGUAUUGCAGAAGUGACAGCCACUUAUAUCUAUAGAACUAAUUCGUAAAUUCUUAAAUCGGGAUUUGCACAUUACCACUAUUUCAGAUCAAACUUUUAAUGUAUAAAUUAUUCUUAAAUUAUUGGUGGUGUUUCAAAGUAUUGUAUAGGACUUAUUCAUAGAUAUUAUAUUCUACAUUUACACAUUUACUCCUAUUUCAAAUUAAACUUGUAUGAAAUAGUAACAAUUGGCAACAUUCCAUACACUACGUAUAGAGUUUGUGCUUCACCACAGAGAUAGGCAUUGUUUGGGUGGUGAGGAUGUAAGGUGAUAGCAGCUUUACACUGCACAUUCCAGAGUGUUGUAGGUACCAGUGUUGUACUGGUGUUGUAGUAGAGUGCUAGUGAAGUGUAGUGAACAGUCUCUCGGAUAAGUCUAGAAAGUUGUAUAUUUGAUCUCAGUGUUGAUGGACACGAGGUAGUAGGAGGAGCAGGUAGUGUUGCAGAGUGCAUGGCUGGUGUGUUUCCAGGACGGACAGGCAAUAUGGAUGGUUGUAAUGAAGCCAUGCUAGCUUAGAAAUGUACACACAAACUCUUAAGGUAAUAAUCUAACUGCAAAGUACAGAAGAUGAGAAUAUUUAAUGUUAUAUUGUAACUGAUUUUAUUGCAGCUUACAUGUUCUUGGAAAAUGCCUCAUAAAAUUCAAACAUUCUCAUUCUUUAUUCUCAGAGUUUUUACAUUAAGCUUAAGUAAAUUAUUAUUGUAGAAAAUCUGCAGGCUCAUGGAAGUAAAUUUUAGCCUGUGAUAAGAGUAUUUAAGAGUCUUUAUAUUUAAAUUUUGUGCAUAGAAAUUUUUCCUCAUAUUAUUGUUUAUAGCUUUCAAUAUUUGGCUGUGUUUGGGUGGUGGCCAAGCUCAGUGGUGCCUCAUGCCUCGACACAUCUGCCUCCUGUGUGGUGGUGGUUGUGGGGUACCAUGGACAGCAAGGAGGCCUGUACCACUUGAGGCUUUAUUUUGCCUCCAGCCUUUAAUUGUGCAUUGAAUUAUUUAUAUUACCCUUCACAUAAUAAUGGUAUUGUGAAAUUGUAAUUCUUGUAUUAUUGUGGUGCAGCUAUUUCCACAUGGUGUAUUUGAUGGUGCAGUGUAUCAGUUCUUGUUUAUCAAGUAUAAAUAGUAUUGAUGCAGCUUCAUAUGAAAACAGAAAUCAAGCCCUUUUUGUAACUGCAUUAUGAAAUUAUUAUAUUUAUUACUCAAUUUUCAUAUUUGUAAGGACUCUCUUCAUAGUUGCUAUAAUGAAAUAUAUAUACCAAAUAAUUUAUACUCUCCAGGUUGCUAUUUUUAUCAUACUACAGAAAACAGCUUGCUUAAUGUGUGUAGCUAAUACAAAGGCUUUCAGGUCAUAGGUAGAGGUUGCUCUAUAUAGUGUUAACAAGCAGUAUGCUUUAGUAUGUUGCACUGUGCCCGUGUUGACCUAAACAUGGACACACAGUGCUUUGUUUAUUUUCAUGGUGGCAGGUUUUGGUUUUCAGAGACAAAUUUGAUAAUCUGCACACAAGUUGCACAACAUUGAGGUGAUGUGUGAUGGUAUGAUCAGUUUUGUGACUUGCAUUCCAGUCUGGCAUUCCAGCAGAUGUCCUCCAGGAUAAGUAAGGAGGGAGUUAACUCUACUGGAGGCAACUUACACCUCUCCAACAAUAUCUGAGUAAUACAGAUGUAGCUAGAGUCUUGCAACCUUCAUGUAGUUUGCCCAUGGACUACUUUUCUGUUUAUUCUUGAACUGGAAACAGAUGUGAAGUCAAGUGGUGAGGGAUGAAAGCAGUAGACAUGUGACUGCUUUCUUUGAUCCUGUCCUGAGCAUGGAUGAUGGGGCAGACCUCUUUAUUCCAGUGGGCAGGCUUAGGCACUGGAAUAGGAAGGAAAAUAAAAAUAAUGUAGGAAGCUUAAAUUAUUAGCUGGGUGAAAAGAUGAACUAGGCAGGAGCCAUAGCCAGUGAGUAGCUUUUGGUGUUUCUUGUUUCAAGUGUGUUAGAACAACAAAACUCUGCCUGCAUCUCCAUUGGCACUAAACCAUAUUUUUUAUUGAUGAAUUUGUAGGUGUGCAGUUAGAAAAAUUUAUAUACAUAUGCCAAUGCUUUAUAUUUUUUAUAUUAGAGUAUAAAUUAGUAGAGUAUAUUUAUAUUGAGAUUUAUUAGCUUGUAGACAUUCAAAUAGAUUCCCUUUAGGCUUUGUAACUCAGCAGGAAUUAUAAUGCUCAUUUUGUUUAUUAUAUGAACAAUAUGGAUUAAUAAUAUUUGACUGGAAUUUUACUAAGAUAUGGAAGUAAUAUUUUGGCAUCAUUAGACAAUAUCACAUUCCAGCAAAGAACAUGCUCCAGAUCUUAACAGAAUCAUUUUUAAUAUAUUCAGUCAUCCAUCUAUUGCAUUACUAAAGCACUUUAUGACCUACUUUCAAUAAUCUGAUGCCAUAGUAAGUUAUUUCCUCCUAUGUAUCUCCUGCACUCUUAUCAUUGUUUUAGCCUGAGGUGAUCGGCUUGUUCUGUUAAGGCUUUUCCACAACACAUGUACUCCUAAACAUUUCCUCAUCUCAUACAUUCAUCUAGCUGUAGUGGAAGUUAUUGGUAUUUUCAAGGGUGUUUUUGUGAUUUUAGUGGAAGUUUAAAAAGAUGUCUGAAUUAUCAAUAGUAAAAGCAUCUGUGAAGACUUGAUAAAACUCCUCUGUGGCCUGAAGUAGUUAGGAUGAGGGUGAAAGUGUUUAAGAAUAAGAGGAUGUAGGAAUGUAGGGAGUAGACAUCUGUGGGCCAAGACGCAAUGGUAUCAGUUGUUUCGUAAUAAGCACAUUUUAUUAGGACAUUUCCUUUACCUGUUUUUUAAAGUGUGGGUCUAACAAAGAAGGUAAUGGCUGGCUGUAGUUUCAUGUUUUUUUUAGGUGUUUAUUUGUUUUCUGGUAAUGACAAACUAUAAUUACACAUUUUUCUUUUUGUGUUUUUUAUACGAGUUGUCUUGUCAGUCUUGAAAUGGUUUAUAUUUGAAACAUGCAUAAAUUGACUUGUAUUUUGUAUAGAAUUAUCUGUAUUUUUGACAUUUUAGAUUUAUCAGAGGAAGUAUGUUUUGAUUGAGUUUUUUUUGCUCAUAUGAGUAGUUGUAUCUAUCUGUGUUUAUCUGUCUAUUCAGUUCCAGAUGAGGAAAAAGGUGUAUGUAGUCAUUAGUUGUAAGGGUAGCUAAGAGAUAUAUAGAUGCCACAGCUUCACAAUUGUGCUUAACUAGUGUAAUGAACUGACGAGGAGAGUCUAAACGCUAAUUAUAUUAUAACCAAAACACAUAUUCUCAAGACGGCAGGCGAGACAGGUCAACUUUGGUCAGGGUAUUGGAUAAGUGAAGGAGGAAUGAUCUAACCUAAAGGGGCAACUGGAGAGAAUGAGAAAUAGCGUCUGUUUCUCUUAUCACUAAUACUCCACUAAUGACCCCAAAAGAAACCUGUCUGCCUACCUGUCUGUCUGACCUGUUGUAUUGCGUACCUGUGACCUGCCCUCACCUGCCCUGACCCCAAGUGACCCAGGCUUGGAGGUCACGGUGCAGUGUUUCCCGGGAAGGAUAUAAAUAUGCCUUGCUAUUGGUGACUUCAUUGUGGAGUCGCUUAGGUGCCAGUGUUGCCGAUACGGACCCAGUGUGCUAGCCAAGGUUGCUGCCGAUGCACAUGUUGACUUUGUUCUUUUGUUUUGUAUAUACACUUCUUUCUGUCAGUUUUAUGAGGGAUCUGAAUUUGUUUUUUUAUACCCAUUUCCCUGCCUCCUAUUUAAAUAUGAAAGGGAAGUGAAUUAUUGCAGUUUUUUUUUCAGAUUUGUAUAUAUGUUCUUGUAUUGUUUUUUUUUUUUCGUAUUGCUCUUCCCUGCUUUUUCAAUAUUUAAUUAAUUCUCACGAUUUGGUAAUGACUGAUUUUGUUUAUUCUAUUUCAUUUAUAUUUUUUGUUUCAAGUGAGAUGUCAUUGCAUGACUUUUUGAAUAUAUGAUUAUGUAUUUUUUA